GGUCGAUUGGGUCACCUUGGCGCCAAGCUCAGUGAGUGAUAAAACUCUGCUCCAGACUCACGCAACUUUUUGAAAGAAGAGUGACAGUUUUCGCCAUCACUUCAUUUUGACUUUUUUGUGCGAUAAAAUUCAUUUUUGGGUUUGGAGAAAAUGGAAGUUCCCGCUAAAGGGGGCUACUGUGGUCCAAAAUGCAAGGCCCGCUACAUCCUGGCCAUCAUGAGCUCGGUGUGCAUGGGGCUCGCCUAUGGCCUAAAAGUGAGCCUCCAUGUCGCGAUCGUGGCAAUGGUGAACACCACAGCCACACUUCAAGAACACGAAACUUCAAGCCAUUCACCAUCAAAAUGCGGCUUCGACAACGCUGGGAAAAACGCAACAAAGCCCCCCCAAGACGGCCCCUUCCUCUGGGACAACGAAAUUCAAGGCUUACUACUCGGGUCGUACUUUUUCGGCUAUAUGGUGUCCCUACUGCCCGGCGGAUGCAUUUCUGAGCUUUACAGUGCAAAAUGGGUGUUAUUUUUCGCAAUCGCUAGUAAUGUUGUUGCAAUGUUUUUGAGCCCGAUUUUAUCGAAAGUACACUAUGGGGGCCUUCUGGCAAUGCGAGUGAUUCAAGGGAUCGGAGGUGGGGUCACAUUCCCUGCCAAUCACAACAUGAUAUCACAGUGGUCGCCCCCACUUGAAAGGAGUAUAAUGAGCAGUAUUGUGUAUGCGGGGACUUCUCUAGGCACUCUGAUUUUUAUGUUGAUUUCGGGUCUCAUAGCGGACGGUUUAGGCUGGGAGGCUGUUUUCUACAUAGAAGGGGGAUUCUCCACAAUUUGGCUUGUCUUGUGGGUUUGCCUAAUCGCCGACUCGCCCAAAAAACAAAAACUUAUAACUCAAGAAGAACGCGAUUACAUCGUAUCAAGACUUGAGAGCGAAACAGGAGGCGGGGGGCGUCCCCCGUUUCCAUGGCGGGCUGUGUUCACCUCGUCGGCCUUUUGGGCUAUUUUCGUAGCCCACGUGUGCAGCAAUUGGGGCUUUUACCUGCUCCUAAUCGAGCUACCAACUUACUUAAAACAAGUCCUAGAUUUCGAUAUUAGCUCAAAUGCGGUCUACACCUCGAUCCCCUUCUUCACAAUGUGGGUUUUCAGCCUGAUUCUCUCCAAGAUUUUGGACACUUUGCGAGAGAAGAAGAAAAUUACUACGACUUUUGCUCGGAAAUUGGCCACUUUGAUCGCAAGUGUCAUCCCGAUGAGUUGUUUUAUUGUCUUGUGUUUUGUGGAAUGUCAGCGACAACUAGCGGUGGCUUUGAUGACCAUCGCUGUUACCAGCGAUGGGGCGAUGUUUAGCGGCUUUCUGUCGAAUCAUAUCGAUAUUGCCCCCAAUUUUGCCGGGACUUUGGUCGGUUUGACCAACACAAUUGCGACAAUUCCCGGGUUUGUGGUCCCGAUUAUUGUAGGAAAAUUGACACAUGCCGAUCCAAGUAUACAUUCGUGGAGGAAAGUGUUUUACAUUACUAUUGGACUGUAUUGUCUUGAAAUUGUGGUGUAUACAAUUUGGGGGUCCGGGGAAGUACAAGAGUGGAAUCAGGGUACUAAACCAAAAGAAGAACAACCUCUGACAGAAAAAUAAAUUCUACUUUGUUUUAAA